GGGAUUCCAGGGUUCACUCCUGAGCUUGGCUGCAAGUCCUAGAGGGUGUUGGGCGCUUGUUAGCACCAAGGAUGGGAGACAGGACCGUGUGGCUGGCUCCUGUUCUGCUCCUUCUCUUCCUCCCGGGCUCAUUUGCCAUCAUGGGUCCAAAAGUAAUGAGAGGCCCAGAGCGGGGCUCGUUGACCGUGCGGUGUCGCUACGGCCCAGGAUGGAAGACCCACAGGAAGUGGUGGUGUCGAGGAGCUGAUUGGACUAGCUGCAAGAUCCUUGUUAUAACCACUGGAUCAGAGCAGGAGGUGGAGCGGGACCGUGUGUCCAUCAGGGACGAUCAGAGAAACCUCACGUUCACCGUGACCAUGGAGGAGCUCAGGCGAGACGAUGCAGACACUUACUGGUGUGGGAUUGAGAGAACUGGAACUGACCUGGCAUUCCAAGUUAAAGUGACCAUUGACCCAGCGCCAACUACAGCGUCGACCACCACCGCCAUGUCCACAGCACCAGUCACCCCAGAAGAGACCCGAGUCUCCCCAACUGUGACCAGCCACCACUCCGAGAGCAGGUCCCUGCUCAGCAGCGUCCACUUCCUGCUGCUGCUCUUCCUGGAGGUGCCCCUGCUCCUGACCAUGCUCAGUGCUGUCCUCUGGGUGAACAGACCUCAGAGAAGCUCCUGGGGGACGCAGAGUCAGCUGGGUCAUGAGAACCAGUAACCCCUAUGCUCAUCGAUGUCUUGUCCAGACAGAAAGACCCCCAAACAGAAGAAAAAGAAAUUUUUGUCAGGAAAUGACUGUGGUCAGCAGUGACUGUGUUUCCAGAGGCAGCGUGGAAAACAGUCCCAUAGGCCACAGGGACCUACAGCUGUGAUGCCCGGGCCUCUGGGACUCUCUCUGGUUUCUCUCUUCUCUGCAAAGUCCCCGCCUUCCUUCUUCCUGAGGCCUCCAAUGCAGUAGAAAAUAUGGCUAGAAACACUUAGAAAAUGCCUUUCCCCAGGGCCCCAAUGCUUUGGAGGACGAACAUCAUCUCAAGUCUGUAAGCCACCUGCAACGUUAACGGACUUUCUUUUGCAUUCCAUGGGGUUCAGGGCUCCAGCUAAUAAUGAGUUUCAAACUUCUAGACCCCAUGAAAAUGGAAAAACUGAACUAAACCCUGGUAAUAUGCCAACCACGAGUGAAGACCUGAGGACUAGGGUUCCUCGCCCUGAUGCAUUUGUGCCCCUUGUGGGGAAGGAAAUCCUGGCCCCAGCUCCUUCCCUCGCCUCCUGGACGCUGCACUCCUGAAGAUGAGAUGGCAUCACGUCCCCUAAAUGUCACCAUAACUCGUCCUGUUAGUAUCUCCAAAUUUUCUUCCCUCUUUUGAGAGUAUUCAGUUUGGCUGCCACUCUCAUUUUGGGGCACACAGGGAGAUAAGCCACACAUUUUGGGGACUGUGGAGUAAUCCGUGAAUCAGACGCUGAAGCUAUUACAGAUCUGGCAACUGUGAGCCAGGGGUGGCUGGGGGCUGGACAAGGCCAGGAUAUGUCUCCUUAGCCUUCUAAAGAGCCCUAGACUAAGAUCCUGGAUGUGGAUGCAAGCUUCUCCCGAGGGUUGACUGUGGAGGAAGAGAGGCGGACACCAGUAAGCUGCUCCAUAAAGAGAAAAGGAAAACUCUCUCCUUCCUCUCAAGUUCCCCCCCUGGACUUUUACUGCUGGGCAGCUUCAAGACCAAAAAAGGGGACCAUUAGAGCAGAGGGACAGCCGACCAGGGGCAGGAGAAGCAGCCUCAUCUGAUUCUAUCUGUAUCCUUGAACUUCUGUACCUUCAGAAUAUUCUAGGUGUGGAUCAUCAAGUGACAGUUUUUUUUCCUGGGACACUGUGGGUUUUUCAGUUGCAGAUUGCAAGAUCUCUUUAUUUCAGGAUAGUUUUUCAUUCAAUUAAAUUAUUUUUACUUUUGGCCUAUUUCUUCUCUUCUUAGAGAACGGCCAGCGUCCUUUCGUGGAAUCGGCUUUCUCUCUCUCCUGUACCCAACUCUGUGUCUCCAAGCAUUUUUCUAUCGUGUUCAUUUAGUCUUCACCUUACGAAUUCCCAAAAGUCAUCACAUUUCUGCACUCUCAGUUUUGUGCUUCUUUCCCUGGGAUCUUUCUCCCAGCACGCGAACUUAACCACUCAGCCAUGGGGCCAGCCCCUCAAUAGAAUUUUAUAGAAAUUUUUUAGCUCUCCCACAUUGUUUUUAAGUUCGUUCAUAACCUUUUUAAUAUUUUUCUUUGCAAUUGUAAAUCCUUUCCCCCAGUGAAUUGUCUAAGUGGUCUGUUGCUGAUACAUAAAAAUGCUAUCAAUUUUAAUGUAUUUUUCUGGAAAGGGCCAACUUACUGAAACUCUUUGGUUGGUUGGUUGGUUUGAAAUAGUUUGUAUUGACUCUCUUUGCUAAGUGAUUAGAGCAAAUACAUUAAUAAUGGCUCAUCUCUGUCUCUGAGGAUCUCCCUGCCCCACUCUGGUGUGGGGCCUCUGUGGCCCUGUUUGUCUUAUGUAACAUGCCAGCACCCUCCACAACAGCCACAGGACAAGGAGCUGGACUAUUCUGAGCUCUGUUGAUGUUCCUGGACUUAAUUUUAAGAAGAAUAGGAGCCAUUGAAAGGUGUGGUUGUUGUUGUUCUAAAGAUCAUUCUGCCUCGAGUAUGGGAAAUGGACUGGAUUUGGGCAAAACUGGAAGCAGAGAGAAUAUUAGGGCACAGAUGCAAUAAUACGGAGGAAAUCAUAAGGGUACCUGGACUUGGGUAUCUGCAAUGGGUGUUGAGAGGAGGGGAUACAUUUAAGAGAUAUCUGGAAAGCGCCAUCUUCAGGAGCUACUGAAUGAUUGACCGCGGGGCACGUGGGAGAAGAAGGGCUUGAAGGAUGACAUCCGAGCUUCC